GGAAAAAGGGUCAAACGACCGGCGCAGGGCGCUUGGUGCUACUCCGACGCGGCUGACGAUGUGGAGAUUAGCAACAUGCACGGUUCUGCUCUUCGUGCAGCGUCUGGUGGCCAGGAUGCCCUGGACGCUGGUAGCAGUCACUACCUGCGCGUUUUACCUUGCAUCGGGAGGUCACAAAUUCGUGGAAGUCUUCUUGAAGACCAUACGCCGAGACGUACAUGCUGCUGGUGUCCUCCUCAAAGUGAAGCUCAAUGUCAAGCGGAAUUUGAGGUUGAACAAUACGGUCCCAAAAAUCUUCCGAGAAGUUGUUCAGAGGCACCCGGACAAGACGGCGCUUAUCUUCGAAGGGACGGGCGCUGCUUGGAGUUUCCGGGACCUGGACGAAUACUCGAACAGGGUGGCCAACUUCUUUUCCCAGCGCGGCUACCACACCGGUGAUGUGGUGGCCCUUUUCAUGGAGAGCAGGAACGAGUUCGUGGGGCUGUGGCUGGGCUUGGCGAAAGUCGGAGUUGAGGCAGCGCUGAUUAACUUCAAUUUGCGGCUGGAUGCCCUGACCCACUGCAUCACCAUCUCCAAGGCCAAGGCCAUUAUAUUCGGCAGCGAACUGAACGGUGCUUUGCAGGAAAUCCACCAAACCCUGGGGAAAUCCAUGCAGUUGUAUUGCUCUGGAGAAUGGAACUUCAGCGAGAUGCUCCCAGGCACUGUAAACCUCGACCAAUUUCUGGAAGCCUCACCGUCAGAUCCUCCUGCCCCUCUCCCGAACCAAGGAUUUACAGAUCGACUGUUUUACAUUUACACUUCAGGAACGACGGGGAUGCCGAAGGCAGCCAUUGUUGUCCACAGCAGAUAUUACCGGAUGGCAGCUUUGGUCUACUAUGGUUAUCGUAUGCGCACUGAUGACAUUGUCUAUGACUGUUUGCCUCUCUAUCACUCUGCAGGGAAUAUUGUGGGAAUAGGGCAAUGCCUUUUACAUGGACUGACUGUUGUUAUCAGGAGAAAAUUCUCUGCCUCUCGCUUCUGGGAUGACUGCAUCAAGUACAGGUGCACGAUUAUCCAGUAUAUCGGGGAGAUUUGCCGUUAUCUCCUGAGCCAGCCCCAGCGCAGUGUGGAGAAGGAGCACUGCGUCCGCAUGGCCCUGGGAAACGGCUUGCGGCCGUCCAUCUGGGAGGACUUCACUUCCCGCUUCCAGAUCCCACAGAUCGCUGAGUUUUACGGGGCCACGGAAUGCAACUGCAGCCUGGGAAACUUUGACAGCAAGACUGGCGCCUGUGGAUUUAAUAGCCGCAUUCUGCCAUUCAUCUACCCGAUCCGUUUGGUUAAGGUAGACGAGGAAACGAUGGAGCUGAUUCGAGAUUCCAAUGGUGUCUGCAUCCCCUGUCAACCAGGUGAGCCAGGCCAGCUGGUAGGCCGUAUUGUUCAGGGUGACCCCCUGCGGAGGUUUGAUGGAUAUGUAAAUGAUUCGGCGACAACCAAAAAGAUUGCCCGCGAUGUGUUCAAGAAAGGAGACAUGGCCUAUCUCUCUGGUGAUGUCCUGGUGAUGGAUGACUACGGCUACAUGUAUUUCCGGGACCGCACUGGGGACACUUUCCGUUGGAAGGGGGAGAACGUGUCGACCACAGAGGUUGAGGGAAUUCUCAGUCGCUAUCUCAGCAUGGCCGAUGUUGUUGUCUAUGGAGUGGAGGUACCAGGUGUAGAAGGUAGAGCUGGGAUGGCAGCCAUAGCAGACUCCAGUGGCUGGAUAGACUUGGAGAAGUUUUACACGGAUCUUGAGAUGGCUUUGCCGCCAUAUGCACGGCCUGUGUUCCUGAGGUUUCUGCCAGCAGUGAGCAAGACAGGGACGUACAAGUUCCAGAAAACAGAGAUGAGAAAGGAGGGAUUUGACCCAAGAGUGAUUAAGGACAGACUUUAUCUCCUGGAUCAAAGACUACAAAAAUAUGUUCCAUUGGACGAAGAGCUCUUCAGCAAGAUCCAAUCAGGGAAAAUGAAGCUGUGAUUUAAAAAUAAUAUCGAUGAAUUUAUUGUUACCUCAUUUUUGCUCUUGUCAGUAGCCAUAACAAGCAAAAGGGAUAACUCAUUCCACUUCUGUUACUUGACCAGACUUGCAUGUAUAGGAUGUUGACAAAAACUGGUUAUUUUUCUUUAUCUAAGUUUAUUACAGAUUUACUAGUAAUUUAUGAAGAGAUUAUUACAAUUUUGCACAAGAAAAAAAAUUAUAAUUAAUUUUUAUUGUCUGUACUGUUUUGGGUCUUUAUUUUAAUUGGGACUCAGUUUUCUAUUUGUUUAUUUCUUCAGGACUUGCAGAACAUCCUCAUGUGUUAUGAGAAUGGAA